AAGCUCGAGGAACAAUAUUUUAUAACGCAAGCUGUACCACAACAACAUCAGAUUGGACCCAAAUCGCCAAAUUGCCAAUCAGUGACCACGAUGAUGCUGAAAAGAUCGCGCGCCAGGUUGGAGUUCUGAUUACGACGGAGCUGUUGAUCUUUGUCAAAAGGGUUCGGGAGGAUGAGUUUCAGAGACGAUAGUGAAGAUGGGAGAGACCUCAGGAAGCCAUUUCUGCACACGGGGAGUUGGUAUCGAAUGGGUUCGAGACAGUCCAGUCUUAUGGGUUCGUCUCAGGCAAUUCAUGACAACUCCAUCUCUGUACUUGCCUGUGUUCUCAUCGUUGCUUUGGGUCCUAUCCAGUUUGGCUUCACGGGAGGGUAUUCAUCACCGACCCAAUUCGCAAUUACUCGGGACCUUGGGCUUACUGUCUCGGAGUAUUCUCUAUUUGGUUCUUUAAGCAAUGUUGGUGCUAUGGUUGGGGCUAUAACCAGCGGUCAGUUGGCUGAGUAUAUCGGGCGAAAAGGGGCCUUGAUGAUUGCUGCAAUUCCCAAUAUUAUAGGGUGGCUUACCAUAUCAUUUGCAAAGGAUUCUUCUUUCCUCUACAUGGGGAGGUUGCUGGAAGGGUUUGGCGUGGGGAUAAUCUCUUAUACGGUGCCAGUUUAUAUAGCUGAGAUAGCCCCCCAAAACUUGAGAGGAAGUCUUGGUUCAGUAAAUCAGCUGUCUGUUACUUUGGGGAUAAUGCUGUCUUAUUUGCUGGGACUAUUUGUACCAUGGAGAAUACUUGCAGUUUUGGGAGUUUUGCCUUGUACAAUACUGAUACCUGGAUUGUUUUUCAUCCCAGAAUCUCCAAGAUGGCUGGCAAAGAUGGGGAUGACAGAAGAAUUUGAAACAUCUUUGCAAGUUCUUCGUGGCUUUGAUACUGAUAUUACUGUUGAAGUAAAUGAAAUCAAGAGGGCUGUAGCUUCAGCCAACAGAAAAAGAACUAUUAGAUUUGCAGAUCUGAAGCAGAAAAGAUACUGGCUCCCUUUGUCGAUUGGUAUAGGCUUACUUAUUCUGCAGCAACUAAGUGGAAUUAAUGGUGUUCUAUUCUAUUCAAGUACCAUCUUUGCAUCUGCCGGAAUUACCUCCAGUAAUGCAGCUACAUUUGGCCUUGGCGCUGUUCAGGUUGUUGCCACAGCAGUUACAACAUGGGUAAUUGACAGAGCUGGACGUCGUCUUCUACUUAUUAUCUCGUCUGUUGGAAUGACACUUAGCCUUCUAAUCGUUGCUGUGGCAUUCUUUGUGAAGGACGCAGUCUCUGAGGAUUCCAGUUUGUAUAGUAUAUCGGGAAUCGUGACAGUCGUGGGGGUUGUGGCCAUGGUUGUUACUUUCUCUCUCGGUGUUGGAGCAAUUCCAUGGAUCAUAAUGUCUGAGAUUCUUCCUGUGAAUAUCAAGGGGCUUGCUGGUAGUAUAGCAACAUUAGCCAACUGGUUUAGCGCGUGGGGGGUCACAAUGUCUGCAAACCUGCUCUUAGAAUGGAGCAGUGGAGGAACAUUCACAAUCUAUUUGGUGGUGACUUGUUUCAUGGUGCUAUUUGUUACUCUGUGGGUCCCUGAGACCAAAGGCAGAACUCUUGAAGAAAUUCAGAUAUCCUUCAGAUGAAGAAACCCCUUCUUUUCCUUUCAUUUAUUGGGUUAGGAAGAGGACAUUUUGUGAACAAUCAGACCUCUCUCUCUAUCUCUUUCAUUUAUUCCCCGUCUUCUCUUUGGCUUUUCUCGUUCCAAAUUUUUGCAACACCUUUCUGUUGCACCUCUCUUUGGCCAAUAAUUUUGUUUAUAAAAUUUCAUUACAUUGAAAUUUAUUUCAUGUAUCCUACGAGAGUGUUUAUGAAUUUGGAAUGUUCGUGAGUUGGGUUGGGUUG